AUGUGGACUCCGCAGCUGCACCUGCUGGUGGCGGUGGUCUUGAUGCUUUCUGAUGCCGCCCGGCCGCAGCCCUCCUCCACGGCCCGGGCUCUGCCCACCGCCUGGGACCUGGGGCCAGUGACGCCCGAAGUGCCUACUGCAGCUCCUCCGGACUCGUCUGAGAGUCCUACUCCCUGGACGCUAUCGAUACCAGAGAACGCGACCACCGACCUCUUCCCAGCCUUACCGAUCUGUGUCUGUGACUUGACUCCUGGUACCUGCGAUUUAAACUGCUGCUGUGACAAAGACUGCGAUCUUCUCCAUCCCAGAACAGUCUUUUCCUUCUGCCUUCCUGGUAGUGUAAGAUCUUCAAGUUGGGUAUGUGUGGACAACUCUCUCAUGUUCCGGAGCAACUCCCCAUUUCCUUCUAGAGUUUUCACGGACUCCAGUGGAAUUACACAGUUUUGUGUCCGCGUGAACAACUCAAAAUCAAACUAUUUCCAGAAGCUCCAAACAGUCAAUGCAACCAACUUCCAGGCCCUGGCUGCAGAGUUUGGAGGCCAGUCCUUCACUUCGACACCGAAAACCCAGCCUUCAGUACUGUUCUAUAGGGCUGGGGAUCCCAUCCUGAUCUACUACCCCAGCUCGUCUGUAAUGAGCUUACUGAGGCAGCCAGCAGCAGUGGGAGCUGGGGGACUCUGUGUUGAUAGCAACCCUGCAGGUUUCCUAGAGAGUAAAAGCACAACAUGUCCUCGUUUCUUCAGGGACCUGGCCAGUAGCUGCACCUUAGAGCCAGCCCUGAAUGCUGCCUCUUACUAUAACUUCAGAGUCUUGAGGGUUCCAAGAGGUAUGACUGAUCUUCAGAAUAUGAAGUUCCAGGUUCCUGUAACACUUGCCUCACAAACCAGCCCGCCUCUGUUGGCUGGAAACACGUGUCAGAAUAUCGUGUCCCAGGUCAUCUACGAGAUAGAGACCAAUGGGACCUUUGGGAUCCAGAAAGUCUCUGUCAGCUUCAGACAUACCAACCUGACUGUCAAGACAGGAGUUUCCAUACAGCAGGACUUCGUCGUUCACUUUAGGGCAUUUCAACAGAGAAAAGCUGCUUUUCCUGCUGCUCCGAGAAGCGGGAAUCCUGGCUACCUCACUGGGAAGCCACUCUUGGUGCUAACUGGUGACUUAGGUCACUCGAUGACCCUGUUGCGGAGCGAGGGUAAUGGGCUUUGCUCUGCUAAGAGACACGAAGUACAGUUUGGUGUGAACACAGUGUCUGGGUGCCAGUUAAGACCCAAAGAGGUGAACUGCAGCCACUUGCAGAGGGAGAUUUACCAGACUCUUCAUGGAAGGCCCAGACCAGAACUCAUUGCCAUCUUUGGUAAUGCUGACCCAGCCCAGAAAGGAGGGUGGACCAGGAUCCUCAGCAAGAACUGCAGCCAUUCAGCAGCUAACUGCUCUUCCUGCUGUCUGAUACCAGUGUCCCUGGAGAUCCAGGUGUUGUGGGCACAUAUAGGACUUCAGUCCAACCCACAAGCUCAUGUGUCAGGAGCCCGAUUCCUGUACCAAUGCAAGUCUGUGCAGGAGCACCAGAGAGGAAUGGAAGUAUCUUUGAUGACUCUUGUGAACUUUGUGGACAUUACUCAGAAGCCAGAGCCACCAAGGGAUCAACCCAGAAUAGACUGGAAGCUGCCAUUUGAUUUCUUCUUUCCCUUCAAAGCAGCAUUCAGCAGAGGGGCCAGUGUUCAGCAAGACUCAGCCUCUCUUGUCCUCAUCCUGGGUGUCUUUCUACUUGGACUUGUCAACUCACAGACCUAGUGAGGAAAGAAAACAAUCAGAUUUCAUUGUUCCCUAUGGGAAACUCUGAAGACAGCCUACUUAUCUUGGCUAAACAGGUCCUGGCUUACUCGUGAUUACAGGAGGGAGUUUAGGGAAGCAGAACCUAACAAAAGAAUUUUUUUUUCUUUCCUCUUUCUCAUUAUGUAGCCUUGGUUGGCCUAGAACUCCCAAUGUAGAUCAGGCUGGCCUCAGACACACAGAGACAUUCCCCCUGCCUCUGCCGAUGAAGUGCUAAGAUUAAAGGCAUGUGCCAUCAUGCCCAGUCAGGAAUCUUUAUAAAUUGAAGAUGGUACUCUAGAAAAGCAAUUACAAAUAUUCCGUCAUUAAAACUUUCCACUUAGGGCUCCUCGGACCUCCAGGUACACAGUGGGUUCUCUGGUUCUAAAGCUAGGCAGGACGAGAGCGCCGUCUCUUCAUAUUGUGUCUCUUCAUGUGUUUUGCCUCUCUAAUAAAUGUUUGCAGGGUCUGUCCAGCCACUCACAGGCACAUGCUCCUGCCAUCACCCAGAGUGAACUCAGAGUGGCUGGCCCCUGCAUUAGCGCUGACAAUUCAAGCCAGGAAACUGCUGGCUCUGUGUUUUGUCUGGCUCUUUUGCCAAAGUAUAGCCACACCCUUUGCCCAGACCUGUGUUAGGAAAGUAGUUCUUUCUACUCGUUUUCCAAAGUGAAUGAAGUCCCAUCUCCUUUUCUCACUAGCAGAUGACCCCACCAGUCCUUUCUGUCCUUCCCUCCUUGGUGGUGUGGGGUAAUAGAAGUGACUGAGAACUCUGCUGUAUUGUGUCCAGUAGCAUGGCAGAAGUUGACACCCUGUGAUACACACCCCGAGAAAUUUAAAGGGGAGUGGGGACUCUCAUAAACUGUACAGUAGUAUUUGAAUCAGGUGACUUGGCUUCUUUUCUGGGGAAAUACUCUCCUUUAGUCCAAUUUUACGCCCAUGACUUUUGUUUGAAGUCUGUUUCUAUAAGGAUAAGGGCUUGGUAGCUCACACAGAACCCCAAUUGCCUGGCUGGAACACGGAAGUAGCAUGCACAGAGACCGACUUCUCAAGCUAAGUUCCUCUUCUUGAAUGGAGACAAAUUAGUUGAGAAUGAUAGUAGAAAUCUUAAAACUUAAAGACUCAUGCUGUUCUUUUAAUUAAGGCAAGGUUUUGAUGGAAGAAAUGACAUUGAUUCUAAUUAUUUUAAACAUUAAGCCUUGGAAUGAGACAGUGAAUAUAGAGUUAAGAUGCAAAAGAAUAACUCCAGUGAGGCCGUGUGAAACGUGCAGCUCUGAGGCACCACCCCCUGAGUGGCGUGUACCACUGGAGCCAGACAGUCAGUGUGGCUUGCAUUAUUGAUGGGUGAGCUUUAUAAUCAGGUUGGCACAUACAUCAAAAAUCUGCUGGCCUAGGAAAGUGAAUGCGAGGGGGAAGGACCUGAGAAUGCGGGAUGACCUGAGUGGGGACCCAAGCAUUUCUGUGGAUUUAAGUGAUCACAGGGACAAUACCAAAUAGAUUAAGCAGCGAUGAAAGUUCGCUUUGUGGGAAUUUUAAAGCCAGGCAGAGAGGGUUGGAAGUUAUUAAUACUCUGAAACCCAAAUUGUUUUUGUUUGUUUGUUUGUUCUGUUUUUGUUUUUUGAGACAGGGUUUCUUUGGAUAGCCCUGGCUGUCCUGGAACUUGAUUUGUAGCCUAGGCUGACCUUGAAUUCAUGGAGAUCUACUUGCCUCUAACCUCCCAAGUACUGGGAUUAAAAGCAUAUGCCAUCACCACCCAGCUCCCAAAUUGUCUUUUAAUGAAGCAGUCACAAUCUUGCCUGAGGAGCAAAAGGAAAUGGAAAUCCAUCUCCAACUGCUGCAUCAUUUUGUUCCAUUCCAGAGUCCUUAGUAAGUAGCCAGUUUCUCUGAAAAGGGCAAAGUUCUUGAGUCAGUUACUACCAAGCCAGAAGCACUCCUGCUUAGGGCAGUGAGGAUCAUGGGAAGUUGGCAGCACACACCUCAACAGAGUCCGUUACACAGAUGUUAUCUAGCUAAGCAGCCAUGGCUCCCAGUCCCAGUCACUCUGACCACUAGGUACUAGGAGACAUAGGGCCUUCAAGUUUGGUCUUAGCGGUUAAUAACCCUAUGUGACAGUGUAUCCUAAGUUGUAGGCUAGCUGACACCCAAUCCACUUGGAGCCAACUACAAGUUCUUUCCAGAGUCUGUCCCUCUCCCUCUGUUCUCCUUUGUGUAGAUGCUUACUCUCACUGAGGCUAUGAGCCAUUCUGUCUUUAAAUUUUCUGUCUAAAGGCCUGUGCAGCAUUCUAAAAUCUUUCAGAUGUAUUUCGUUUGUGUGUUUGAGGGUUUGGUUUUUUGUUUUGUUUUGUUUACAUGUACAUAUGCAUGCCUAAGUGUGAUGGUUGUGAACCACUAUUAGGAGCUGAGAAUUGAACCUGGGUCCUCUGUAAGAAUAAGCGCUCUCAACCACUGAGCAAUCUCUCCAGCCCCUAAAAGACAGCCUUUUAAAGUGCACACAAUUUGGCAAUGAUUUUAUUGGUAAAGUGCCAUGCAGGUAGAGGGACAGGUAUCCAGAAUUCUUUUUCUCUGUGUGUGUGUGUGCACAUGUGUGUGUGUGUGUGUGUGUGUGUGUGUGUGUGUGUGUGUGUAUUUUCUGCCCCCUGGUGGACAUGGCAGCCUGCCUAAAGUUCCUGUGAGAGGCAGAGACAAGGAAUCCCUGGACUAAUCAGGCUAGCCCUACUAGUCAGAACAGAGCUCCAGGCUCCACUGAUAGACUCUGACUCAGUGAAUGAGGUGAGUGAUUGAGGAGAUGCAGGGCUAACCUCAAGUAUAUACACAUGUACACACAUUCACAUACAUACAUGUGCCCUCCAACAUGCACAUACACUGAAUACAUAUACCAAAAAUGAAUAAUGUACAAGUCAGUGUAGUAACAGCAAUCACCAUUGAUUCCAGUUCUGUCGUUACUCUGUAAAAGAAAAGCUGCCCGUUAGCAGGCUCCUCCCUCUCUCCUCCCAGUUACCUUCAUGGUAAUCACGAAUCCCCCUUUUUUUCCCUCUGUAGAUUGCCUAUUCUGGACAUCCAUCAUGUUACGUUCUUGUCUGACUUCACUUUGUGCGUUUCCAAAGUUCAUCUGAUUUGUAACUUGUAUCAACACAUUCCUUUUUUAUGGCUAAAUAGUUCAUUAAGGUUGGCGACAUAUAUCUGUAAUCGAAGCACUUAGGAGGCAAUGUCAACCUGGUCUACACAGCAAGUUCAGGGCCAGUAGGAUGUCUGAGUAUGUAAAGGUACUUGAUGCCAAGUCUGAUGAUCCUAGUUCAAUUCCAAGAAUCCACAUGGUAGAGGCAAAGAACAGACUUCCAUAAAUUCUGACCUCCAUGAGUGCUGCGGCUUGCCCCGCCCCUCCCAAGUCACUCAACCAAUCAGCCAGACAGCGGGUUCCAGGGAAGCUAGGAUACAUAAUAAAAGACUAAAUGUUCUAAAUGUCCUGCUUCCUGCAUGACUUCCUGGUCGUGUUGCACCUUAUUUCCAUUUGCUAGGACAAGCUAAUAUCCACCCCCCCACACCCAGUCAACAAAAAGAACAUUUGUUGUGUAUAUGAGAAAGAUACUAUGACUAAAUUACUUCUUUGAUUUUCAUAGAAAGACGAGCAGGCUGUGUGCCUAGAACUGAAUUUUCCCUUAUCUCCACUCUUCUAACGCACUCCUUCUCUCUACUGGCCAAAUCGAAUAUUAGUGGCAAAACAAUAAGUAAACUAUAAUUAAAAGAAUAAAAAUAAAAACAGUAGAAUAUUAAGGA